CGCCCCGCCAGCCCGGGCCCUACCUGCGGCCGCCGUCGGGGGAGGGGGGUCCCCCCAGCUCUGCGGAGCCGCAUGAACAAUAGGCAGCGGCGGCUCCUGCGGGCGGCGGCAGCCCCGCACCCUAUGGAUCGGCCGCUCCAUGGAGCCCUCCAGCGCGCUUCUCGGCUGCCUGGCGAGCGCCGCCGCUGCCGCCCCGCCGGGGGAGGACGGAGCGGGGGCCGCGGCCGAGGAGGAGGAGGAGGAGGAGGAGGAGGCGGCGGCGGCGGCGGCGGCCCCGGGGGAGCUGGGUUCCGAGGCCCCGCUGCCCUACUGGACGGCCGUGUUCGAGUACGAGGCGGCGGGCGAGGACGAGCUGACCCUGCGGCUGGGCGACGUGGUGGAGGUGCUGUCCAAGGACUCGCAGGUGUCCGGCGACGAGGGCUGGUGGACCGGGCAGCUGAACCAGCGGGUGGGCAUCUUCCCCAGCAACUACGUGACCCCGCGCAGCGCCUUCUCCGGCCGCUGCCAGCACGGCGGCGAGGACCCCAGUUGCUACCCGCCCAUUCAGUUGUUAGAGAUUGAUUUUGCGGAGCUAACCCUGGAAGAGAUUAUUGGCAUCGGGGGCUUUGGGAAGGUCUAUCGUGCUUUCUGGAUAGGGGAUGAGGUUGCCGUGAAAGCAGCUCGCCAUGACCCCGAUGAGGACAUCAGCCAGACUAUAGAGAAUGUUCGCCAGGAGGCCAAGCUCUUCGCCAUGCUGAAGCACCCCAACAUCAUUGCCCUUAGGGGGGUGUGUCUGAAGGAACCCAACCUCUGCUUGGUCAUGGAGUUUGCACGUGGAGGGCCCUUGAAUAGAGUGUUAUCUGGGAAAAGGAUUCCCCCAGACAUCCUGGUGAACUGGGCUGUGCAGAUUGCCAGAGGCAUGAACUACUUACAUGAUGAGGCAAUUGUCCCCAUCAUCCACCGCGACCUUAAGUCCAGUAACAUAUUGAUCCUCCAGAAGGUGGAGAAUGGAGACCUGAGCAACAAGAUUCUGAAGAUCACUGAUUUUGGCCUGGCUCGAGAAUGGCACCGGACCACAAAGAUGAGCGCUGCAGGGACAUAUGCUUGGAUGGCACCCGAGGUCAUUCGUGCCUCCAUGUUUUCCAAAGGCAGUGAUGUGUGGAGCUAUGGAGUGCUGCUUUGGGAACUCUUGACUGGUGAGGUGCCCUUCCGAGGAAUCGAUGGCUUAGCCGUGGCUUAUGGAGUGGCCAUGAACAAGCUCGCCCUUCCCAUUCCUUCUACAUGCCCAGAACCUUUUGCCAAACUCAUGGAAGACUGCUGGAAUCCUGACCCUCAUUCGCGACCAUCUUUCACAAAUAUCCUGGACCAGCUAACUACCAUAGAGGAGUCUGGCUUCUUUGAGAUGCCCAAGGACUCCUUCCACUGCCUGCAGGAUGACUGGAAACAUGAGAUUCAGGAGAUGUUUGACCAACUCAGGGCCAAAGAGAAGGAGCUCCGCACCUGGGAGGAGGAACUGACACGGGCCGCGCUCCAGCAGAAGACCCAGGAGGAGCUGCUGCGGCGCCGCGAGCAGGAGCUGGCUGAGCGGGAGAUCGACAUCCUGGAGCGAGAGCUCAACAUCAUCAUCCACCAGCUGUGCCAGGAGAAGCCCCGGGUGAAGAAGCGCAAGGGCAAGUUCAGGAAGAGCCGGCUGAAGCUCAAGGAUGGGAACCGCAUCAGCCUCCCUUCCGAUUUCCAGCACAAGUUCACGAUUCAGGCCUCCCCCACCAUGGAUAAAAGGAAGAGUCUCAUCAACAGCCGCUCCAGUCCUCCUGCGAGCCCCACCAUCAUUCCUCGCCUUCGAGCCAUCCAGUUGACACCAGGUGAAAGCAGCAAAACCUGGGGCCGGAGCUCAGUCAUCCCGAAAGAGGAAGGGGAGGAGGAGGAGAAGAGGGCCCCCAAGAAGAAAGGACGGACAUGGGGGCCAAGUACACUUGGUCAGAAGGAGCUUGCCUCAGGCGAUGAAGGAUCCCCUCAGAGACGCGAGAAAGCUAAUGGUUUAAGUACCCCAUCAGAAUCUCCACAUUUCCACCUGGGCCUCAAGUCCCUGGUAGAUGGAUACAAACAGUGGUCGUCCAGUGCCCCCAACCUGGGGAAGGGCCCCAGGAGUAGCCCAGCACUGCCGGGGUUCACCAGCCUUAUGGAGAUAGAGGAUGAGGACAGCGAAGGCCCAAGGAGUGGGGAUUGUCGUCUACAGCAUUCACCCAACCAGUCCUACCUCUGUAUCCCAUUCCCUCGUGGAGAGGAUGGGGAGGGCCCCUCCAGCGAUGGAGUCCACGAGGAGCCCACCCCAGUCAACUCAGCCACCAGUACCCCUCAGCUGACGCCAACCAACAGCCUCAAGCGGGGCGGCACCCACCACCGCCGUUGUGAGGUGGCUCUGCUUGGCUGCGGGGCCGUUCUCGCAGCCACAGGCCUAGGGUUUGACCUGCUGGAAGCUGGCAAGUGCCAGCUGCUUCCCCCGGAGGAGCCUGAGCCACCAGCCCGGGAGGAGAAGAAGAGGCGCGAGGGUCUUUUUCAGAGGGCCAGCCGUCCUCGUCGGAGCACCAGCCCCCCAUCCCGGAAGCUCUUCAAGAAGGAGGAGCCCAUGCUGUUGCUAGGAGACCCCUCUGCCUCCCUCACGCUGCUCUCUCUCUCCUCCAUCUCUGAGUGCAACUCCACCCGCUCCCUGCUGCGUUCUGACAGCGACGAGAUCGUGGUGUACGAGAUGCCUGUCAGUCCGGUCGAGGCCCCGCCCCUGACCCCUUGCACCCACAACCCCCUGGUCAACGUCCGAGUGGAACGCUUCAAGCGAGACCCCAACCAGUCCCUGACCCCUACCCACGUCACCCUUACAGCCCCCACGCAGCCCAGCGGUCACCGGAGGACUCCCUCAGAUGGGGCCCUCAAGCCAGCGGCUCUCCUAGCCAGCAGGAGCCCCUCCAGCAAUGGGUUGAGCCCCAGCCCUGGAGCAGGAACGUUGAAAACCCCCAGCCCCAGCCGAGACCCAGGUGAAUUCCCCCGUCUGCCUGACCCCAAUGUGGUCUUUCCCCCAACCCCAAGGCGCUGGAACACACAGCAGGACUCCACCUUGGAGAGACCCAAGACCCUAGAGUUUCUGCCUCGGCCACGUCCCUCUGCCAACCGGCAACGGCUGGACCCUUGGUGGUUCGUGUCUCCCAGCCACGCCCGCAGCGCCUCCCCGGCCAACAGCUCCAGCACCGAAACGCCCAGCAACCUGGACUCGUGCUUUGCUAGCAGCAGCAGCACUGUGGAGGAACGGCCUGGACUUCCAGCCCUGCUCCCAUUCCAGGCAGGACCGCUGCCCCCUGCCGAGCGGACGCUUCUGGAUCUGGACGCAGAAGGCCAGAGUCAGGACAGCACUGUUCCGCUGUGCAGAGCUGAACUGAACACACACAGGCCUGCCCCUUAUGAGAUUCAGCAAGAGUUCUGGUCCUAGCGUGAAAAGGGUCGGGGGCGGGCAAGGGGGAAAGCAGGAGUUAGGGGGAGCUGGCUGGCACAGCCCUUUCUCAGAGUUGGACCCCCUGAAAUCCAGCCCUACUUCUUGCACUGAUAAUGCACUUUGAAGAUGGGAGGGGUGGAAGCAGGACCGCUUUAGAGGGUCCCCUGCCCUGCAGGGCCUUUCCACCCAUGUGCCCCGGAAGGGGCUGUGGCCACCGGCUCUGGCUGUGUAGGGGAGGGUGGGGUGCGUGCAUGUCCCCCACCCUCCACAGUCUUCCUCGCCUUUAGGGUGACUCUGCAGGGUCACUCAGCCAAAUCUGUCUGCUGCUCCCUCUCCUCAGCCCCCUGGGUAAGCCCAGAGCCUGUCCUGGAGUCCUUUCGUUAGCCCUGCGUUCAGCCUUCCCAAACACCAGUAUUGGAUGUCCCGUGAUUGAUUUUGCUCCUCUUCCACGUUCUUCCCCAACACCCAUGAAUUAGAAUCCCAUUCAUGGGAGAUAGGAGCUUUUCUGUGUCCUAAGCCCUUACAUGCCAGCUGGAGGACAGAAGGCAAGGUGCCCCGGUGUGGGAUGCAUCUGUUGCUGGACCUGGCACAUCCCUGCUUGCACUUCCAGGUGCCCCGCCCCCCCCCCCUUUAUUUAUUUGAGCCUCAUGGGGACCUGCCUCAGUGAGAGCUGGGGAGGGGGAGAAGGGGUUAGGAAAAACAGUCAAGUUGCAGCCAAGAGGGUAACAGAGUCUGUCCUGGUUCCUUUUGGAAACAUGCAAAUAAAGGCAGAAACCAGCACCCGUUGGUGGCACCCAUCUCCUACCUGGGGUCUGGACACGGCCAGACCAGUUUCUGCUACCAACGUGCUCAUCCCAGGGAUCGUUUCUUGGGAGACUCACUUACUGGUGCCAGUUCUGAAGCCAGAGACGAAGUCCCUGUGUUUGUCCAUUUUGUUACCCGAUCUUUAUGUGUUAUGCCCUCCCCUUGGUCUUUCCCCUCCAAUCCCUACAAUUGGUGGACUUUGGGUUAUGUAUUUGGUUGCUAGAGACUUUGCACUGCACCAAAAUAGCAUACUGGUGGUGUUGGGGUGGGCGGCUCCCGGACACUGGGAGCUAGAACUGUGGGGAUUUCUCAGCCAGGCCAUCCAUUGUGGGAUGCCCUUGAGGCAAAACGGAGCCUUAGUGGUACCUGCCGCAAAUGGAUAUGGUGAGGCGAUGAUGUUUGUAAGCCCCUGACAUGUAAGGUUUGAGCCCUGGGCACUGCCUACUGACCAUGGCCUCUUGCCUCUUGCCUCUGUGUGCAGGUGGCCCCUGAUGCUGGGCUCUGGACCCUCAGCAGGGUAGGAAGGAGAGCAGAGGCCAAUCCUGAGUUUUCUGGAAUUUGUUUCUUUAACUUGAAUGUUGAAUUGCUUCUGCAGCUUUCUCCUGUGCACCUUCACUCUUCCACUUACCCUGAGGCCUCCUCAGUCUUUGUGUGGGACACACAUAAACUUGAUUGGGAGCAGAGCCUUAGGUCAUGCUCCUCUAGCCUACAAACUCUCCAAAUGUUGCUUCAGUGUCCUGUAUUGUGGAGUAUUUCCCUGGGGAUGUUGUAGGACCCUUGCAGGCUCCCUGUGUUUGCUGCCUGGAUGCUGGAAUGGGGAGAGCAAUAGAGCUGGCUCCGGUGAUACGUAUGGUCACUGCUCGCUCUCUCUCUCUCUCUCUGUAACUGAUAAAGUCCCAACCUGGGAAUGAAUAAAGGGGUGACCUUGGUUUCCAAUUGCUCCUUGUUUUAUGAGCUCACUGGCACUUUGGUUCAAGCAUCCCCUCGCCCAUCUUGGGUGGGAGGCACUCUUAGUUUGUCGUUGCCUGGGACUUUGCUGUUGUGUCUCAUCUCUCCUUUGCUUUGUUCAGUGAAGACUGUAAGAGAUGAUUUUUGCCUUCAUCCCCUCACCCCUUGGCUAGAAGGGGAAACAAUGUGAAUCCUAUCCACAGUUCCAGCCAACCAAGUGACUCCCUUUCACUCUUGAUGGGGAGAGGGCCGCAGAUGGUCUGUUCUGUGCCCUUCCCUGGCCUCUCCAUAGCCCCAGUUCCUAAGUCACUAACACAUCUGAAAACCGUUGGCUCCACUGAAUGGCUCCACAUUCAGCCCAAUCCAAACUGUGCUGGCUCUGGACGGUGCUCUGUGCUCUGAUGCAGUUGACCGUUUUCUACUUUUUGUUAUUUUUUUUAGGCUGCGGCCUUUUUUUGGAAGCGGUAGUAUAACUGUCGUAGUGUGUGCUGAAUCGUGGCCACUUGGCAUUGAGAGGUUGAACCCAUUUCUUACUCUUCCAUCCAGAGGGAAGACAAGGGAAGCCUGGGUCGGCUAAGGGUAAAAUUGCACCUGCAAGAGGCAGAACGGGGUUAGUGAAGCUGCUUCUGUGAGCUCGCAUGAAAACAAGAGAUCUUCCUCAGCUGCCCCAAACCCCGUCUCUGGUGGGCCCCUGCCUGCCACACUCUCUGCCUCUGUGAAGUGAGGCUUGGUUGGAUAAGGAUCCUGUAUGGUAAUGGCUUUGAGUUGCUUCCUAUGCACUUCUGCUCCCUGGUCUCUGUGGUCAUGAUCAGGAGCAAGUCUUGAAGCUGGGAUCAGGUCCUACAUUGGUGUCAGCCAGCAUUUCUCUCCUGGUCUCUUCCCUCCUCUUCCCUUGGGAACACUGCCCUUUCCUCUCGGCAGGUGCUCACUACCUGGAAGAUACUGCUCUCUGCUCUUCCUCCUGGAACCUUCAUCUCCUUCUACUGAUUCUAAACAGGAUUAUCCUCUGUUUACCCCCUUGGGGAUCCAGGCCACUGCCAGGGGUUGAGUGGAUAUCCCCAUCAUCCCCGUGCGUUAUUUCUAAGAGGCUUUGGUGGAUGCUCUUCACUCCACAUCCUUUAGAAAUCUAAGGGUCUGGUAGUAAUGAUGAAGGUGGCAGUGAUGAUACCUUACAAUUUGUCAACUCAGAAUAGUGUGACCUUUACAAAAUGGCAUCAUUGUCCUUCUGAUAUACUUGCUGGUGGAGAAAAGGAAAUGCUUAAAGAAGAAAUUCAAGGGAAGAGAAAUUGAAAAGCUGCUUGGACUGGCUGCUGAGGCGGGCACCAAGCUCUUGAGACCUGAACAGGACGGCCCUAUUCCACCUUCUGCUUUGCUCUCUGGCCUCGGACUCCUCUUUUAGCUCCUCUCAGGUUUCUUUCCUGUAAAAGCAACCAUAACCUGCUUCCCUGUCAAGGGCAACGAGAACAUGUAUCAGAGCGGGUCAGUGAAGCACGCGGCUCCCUGCUGGCCAUUUGGAUGAAUUGCUGAAUUAACAGUGUGGUUCUCACCACUUUUGCCUCUAAGAGAUUUGCCUACCGUUUCUUCCUUUGGUUUCUGGAAGAGUAGUGAUUUGGGGUUGGCUUAGCAGGACUCAUGGGGGCUGUGGUCAGGCACAUGCAUUUCUGCAUUUAUGUAGCACCUGGUGUUCAUUAGCAUCCUUUCCCCCACCUACCUUGUCAGGCUGGUCCUCACCACUAGUGUCUUAGGAAGGAAGAACCAGGAGAUGGGGAAGUGUGGAGGCGGCACCAGGAUGACAUUUUGGGGUCUCACAUUUUUUAGGAGUCAUUCCCAGAGUCUGCUUUGUUUAGAGUCUGGAAUCAGGCCAAUUCCUGGAAGAAUUUUGGUGAGAAGGUCUGCUGGCCCUUGAGACCUAUGUCCUGGUGUGAGGUUCCUGACAAGGGCCCCUUUCCCUCAGACCACGGAUGCUCAGGGACACCAUAAGACACCCCAAGGGCACCUAGGUGUGGCUUGUGUCAACACUCUUGUUCUUCAGUCCCCACACUGGAGGGCACCUCCCCACCGCCUGUCCCCCCACAAGGAGGGAGACACCUCCUGAGCAUCAGUGACUCUUCAAGCUCGCUUUUAACAAAAGCACAGAACAGCGGACUCUGAAUGCCGGAUGGCUGUGAGUGGUACGUUUCAGGGAGCUUUGACCUCUUCCUCGUGAGUUCAAAUCAAGCCUAUGCUUUUGACCCAGGUAUGUGAGGGCCCACCCUCAGGCAGGUUAGAAACACUCCAUUGCCUCUUGAAGGAUCGGGGGAAGCAGCAGAUGUUGCCCUUUCUGAGUGCCAGGCUUUUCCUGAAAGUUUUGCCAGAGACUGUGGACCUGGGUCAGAGGUGAGAGCAGCUUGAAGCACAUUGUGACCAUAAGCGACCAUGGUGGUGGGAGUGGCAGGAAAGUGGUGACCUGAGCUGCCUACGUACUAGUUGUAUGAAGUUACAAAUGUUUCUUCCCCUCUCUGAACCUCUGAGCCCAACCAGGAACUGAGGAUGCUAUCUUCCCUACCUGAAGCACGAAGCCCUUUAACUUUAAAAUGUAUGAUGAUCCUGGAACCCAAGGUCCAGCACUGAUGAGCCUCACCUUGCUAGAUGGCUUCCCUUUGUGGAGAAAAGUGUGUGUGUGUGUGUGUGUGUGUGUGUGUGUGUGUGUGUGUGUGGUUAAGUCAAAACCAGUUGAAUAUUGGCAGUUUCCUAUGGUUCAACCUACAAGGCCACCUGCCUCUCUCCUUGACUUCAGGCAUGAGGAUGACUUCUUGUCAAGCUGCAUUUAUUCCUAGGAACACAUUCCCAAUGCUCUCUUCUUUCAGACAAACCAUCGCUUUCUUAGAUUAGGAAUCCUAAUUAGUGAAAAUCCACAUUAGAAAGGAAAACCCACUGCUGCUUCUGGGAGUCCUCAGGCCCUAGCACCUUCCUGGCUUCACCUGGACAUUCGCCAUCUCAAGCACUGGCGUUUGAAGGCAGGAUGCAGAGACUGGAGUCCUGGCUAAGUAACAGGAUUCAGGUGCCUAAUUAACCUGACCCAGCUCUGGGCUCCUUCCUGGUUGGCUGUGCAGGCCAGGUGAGCCUCUCCUCAACUCCUUAGACUGUUAACUAUUUUCCAUUUAUCCUGAUGAGAUACUAACAGCAGCCCCCUCCUUUGUUCGUUUCUGGUCUUGGGCCCUGGAAGCACCCUGGCCUCCCUAGGCUGCUCAGGGAGCCCUAGCAUUCGUUGUUCUGAAGGUUUCCUUACUUUGGAGCCAGGAGGACUGGUCAUCCUGAUUCUUACUGCCUGUGGCUCCCCAUGCAACCCCUGCCUGUAGCCUUGCCCUGGGUCUUUAGCUCACCACUGCAGCUGGGGUAGAGAAGAGCCAUUGUAUUGAGUUGCAUGCCCUUGGCACCCAUUUGGAGCAAAGAAGGGAGGUGAUGAACUCGUCAACUUUCUCUAGUUUUCCUCACUGUCCAUCCUAAACACACACACAGACGCGCACGCCCACUCGCUUACACACUCACAUGCUUGCACACAGAUUUAAACUAUCUUCUGGAGGUUUAAGGAAAAAGGUUUUACUUGGUUUGCAGAAAUGCUUUCUUUGGGAUUUUUUCUCCUUGUUAGAGCCUUUGAGUCCAGGUAAAGUGAAAGUUCACAUAUGUGUUCGUUUUUGUUCUCUGUAAUGAGCUACUGGUCUUUAUCCCUAGGCCUUCCCUGCCCCAGUGUCUUGUCCAUAUGUCCUGACCCUGUGUCCUUGAAUUCCCAUUUUGCUUUGGGAUUUAAGUUAUUGUAAUUUGUCAACAAUAUUUAAAAAUAGAAAAGUCCUGAAGAAAACUUACCAGGUUCUUUUCUUUGGCUUUUUUUUUUCAAGGUACUGUAAAUUGUUAACUAGGGAUGCCAAGCAGGCUUGGUUCAAUGGCUAAACCUCUUACCGUAUUACAGUGUAAUGCUGAUUCAGCCUGGUCCCACCACCAGAGCACACACAGACUUGAAUAAAACUGUUACAACAAUGA